GCAGCGGCGGGUGCCAUGGUCCCCCCGGAGCGGGAGGCGCCUGGCAAUAUGGCUGGGGCUGAGGGGUCGGCGCAAGUGACCUGGGGUGACCAGGUGUACGGGUUUUACAGGGAGAGUCCCGCUAUUCAGGACUUUCUUUUGGGAAACACAGGGGCCUGCGACCCCGCACCGCCUCUCCCGGUUUUUCACACUUGCGGUCCGGUCACCCUAGGCGAGGCAAGGGCACCGCCUGGGACAGCGCACAGGGGCGCCCUCCACAAGAGACCCCCACCGGCCGGCGAGCCCCGCAGAGCGGGGGUGCCCCAGGGAGGCGCCCUCAGCAACAGCGGCCCCGGCGGCAGCCCCCGGGGGGAGCCGGGGAGGGGCCCGGCAGGCCCGCUCGCCGCGGCGGGCGGCGGGGCCGAAGGGGCGCCGGGCUCCGCGGGCUCCGGCCGGGGGCCCAAGGGGCCGCAGGAGCGGGCGGGCCCGGCCCAGGCCCCGGGCCGAGGGGCGGCUCUGGCCCGCCCGGCCCCCUGGCGCCCGCGGGCCGCGGUUCCCGGCCGGGCGGGUUUGCGGGCGGACCGGCCGGGCGCCAUGGCGCGGGAGCCCGAGUUCGUGCUGCGCUACCUGGCCCAGGUGGAGGAGCUGGCGGAGGAGGUGCUGGCGGGGCGGCGGCAGAUUGUGGACCUGGAUCUAAAGCGGAAUCAGAACCGAGAAGCUCUCAGGGCUCUGCAGAAGGACCCAGGCCCUUCUGAUAAAGCAAUGGUUUGCUUUGGAAACAUGUUUAUUCAGCUUCCAAAUUCAAAAACGAAGGAAAUGAUUCAGAAAGAUCAGAAGCACUUAGACGAGGAAAUAAACCAACUUCGGAAAGAGCUGAGAGUGAAGGUCAACCAUCUCUUUGAAGCUCAAGGUAAACCUGAGUUGAAAGGAUUUAACUUGAACUCCAUGACCCAUGAGGAAAUGAGAGCAAUCAAUCAGAUACUGGAAGGACGAAACUAGACCUUCAUCACGGAGACUUCAACGUUGCUGAUAAGGUGCAUUCAGACCGUCACUCACAGUACAAAAUCUGUGGACAAUCUCCAGAUUUCUUGUGAAGACAUAUUUACUCCUGGUAUCUCUCUUGAGUGGUACAUUUCCUAAGAAGUAUUUGGCUUUUGAAAUUUUUUCACGGUAGGAAUCAUUCGGGUCCAGUGUUGAUCAUGGAUUAAAUACUGCAGUUUGCAGAGACUUGCUAGAACACUGGCCCUUUUAGUUAUUUGACAGCCUGCCAUCACUGGGGUGGGAGUGGGAUUAUUAGAAUCAGAGCAGGACAUUCCUAACUGCAUCUCUUUUAUGUAUGAACUUCUGUAACUUAGCUCCACAGCUAGUGCAUUCUAUUGGCAGGAAAGGGAGUAGGAGGGAAAGAACUGUGAAUUCAUAGUGUCUUCAAAGAAUAAAUAAAGAAACUUUGAGUUAUGUAAGCUUGUGGUGGUAGGAGAAUUGUGAAUCAAUUAAAGUGUACACUUAAGAAAAUUCCUGGAUUUUUUUUAAGUGUACAAUAGAUACUUGACAGGUUUCAGAGUAGCAGCCGUGUUAGUCUGUAUCUGCAAAAACAGGAGUACUUGUAGCACUUUAGAGACUAACAAAUUUAUUAGAGCAUAAGCUUUGAAGUGGGCUGUAGCCCACGAAAGCUUAUGCUCUAAUAAAUCUGUUAGUCUCUAAAGUGCCGCAAGUACUCCUGUUCUUUUUAAUAGAUACUUGAGUGCCUGUUAAUCUGAAGGGUCUACUUCUGAGCUAGGCUCCUGUGUCUAAACUUGUAAGAAGAGAUCUGGAAGAAGUAGGAUUGUUUACAUUAGGGAAGGGGACAUAAGUAUCCAAACCAAUGAAUGGUCUGGAGGAGAGAAGAGGUGUCUCUACUCAUCCUGUCUUGAUACAAGAAUAAAGGGCUAUUCAAUGA